UUGUGGUCCCCCGGGGAACAUGGCGGCGUCCGUAGGUCGUUCAUCGAUCGGAGCUGCUUUGAGGAUCCGCUCUGCGGGGCCUUUCCGCGGCUGCUGGCGGGGCCUUUGCAUUUCCGCAGCUGCCGUACCGAAAUGGAGGCUUCUCGGGGCGCUUUGUUUGCAGAGACCUCCCAGGCUCACCCAGGCAAUGAGCUCGGAGGAAGAGGAGAUGGCAGAAUUGUUGCGGCAGAUAGAGAUAGAGAAAAGCUUGUAUUCAGACCAUGAACUUCACUGCUUGGCAGAGGAGGAACGUCUGCAGAGGAGGAAAGACAACUAUGAUGACGAUGAUGACUCUGGGAAGGAGAUAGUGCUGACCCAAGAUCUUGAAGAGAAAUGGGAACAGAAUUUCCAAAUGUUCACUCCUGCCCCACGGAUAACAGAUGCUGACAAAAGCAAUGAUCAGACCUCUUUGAACAGGAAGUUGGACCAGAACCUGCUGCUGCUGGUUAAGGAAAAGAUUUGUGAUCAAGAUAUUUGGCUCUUACCCCAAACAGAGUGGAAAGAUGGAGAGACUCUGCGAGCAACAGCAGAACGGACCUUGGUUACCCUCUCAGGAACCAAUGCUGAAGCCAGCUUUCUCGGAAACGCACCAUGCGGCUUUUACAAGUACAAGUUACCCAGGGCAGCCCGAACAGAAGGCACCAUAGGAGUGAAGGUGUUCUUUUUCAAAGCCCUCCUGAAAAGCAACCGGCUGCCUUUACUCAGGGACAAAGACUACGUGUGGGUCAGUAAAGGAGAGUUAGGGGACUACCUGAAGCCUGAGUACCAUUCUCAGGUGGCUCGGUUCCUAAUGGACCUUUGAAUCCUGGAGCUGUGUCUCUUCCUAUUGUCAUGCUGCAGAGUGUUUGGUGUGCUUUUCAAGCCUUGGAGUUACGUUUGGCCCAGGACAAGGGCCUUGCCUGCAUUUAUCUCUGCUAAAUAAAGUGUUCAGGAUGUGUCUAUUUA